AUGACAAGCGAUAAUCAUCAAAUUUUGCAAAAACUCAUUAACAAUUUAUCCGGUGAUCUUCGGCAACUUUCGAAUGAAACAAAGAAAAAGUAUCCUCCUAUCAAAGAGGCAGCUGAAGCAUGCAAUAUGAAGUUACGUGAAUACAGUAUGAUUAGAGAGAAUCUUAGUACAGUGAUGCGUGAUGCUAGCGUCGAACUAUUACAACCGUUUGUCCUUGGCUGUGAUACAAAACAAGUUAAAAUUGUUCAGCUAUGUUUAACAUCGAUACAAAAACUAUUACAACAUCAUAUUGUUAAUCAAUCAUCGGCUGCUACGACGGUGAACAUAUUGAGCACUUUAUGCGAUCUCAACACAGAAGAGUUAAAGAGCUUGCAAACAGUUUUGUUGCUUGUUAAUACAACUUCGGUUGUUGUACAUAGUACGCUAGCAACUUUAUUUGUCAUUACAUUUCGAUUGUGCUUCAGUAAAGAUCCGACGAUUGUUAACACAGCAACAGCAGCAGUCAGACAGUUGGUAACUGCCGUUUACGAUCGUGUUAUUGAAGAAGAUUCACGAGUGCACGAGACACCAUCCACUACAGCAUCUCAGCAAAUCGAACAACCAUUAUUACAAGAUACUGAUUUUAUGAAGCAUCAUUCAAAAGAUUCUUUGAAUGUCGAAAUGUUACGUCCGUACGCCAAAGAUGCCUACUUAUUAUUUCAAGAUUUAUGUUAUUUAAUCAAUGGCGAUCAACCAAUAUGGUUAAUCGGUUUAACAGAAAUAACUCGAACAUUAAUACUAGAAUUAAUUGAAACAAUCUUGACUUACUACUCGCCUGUAUUUCAUCAACAUAGUGAAUUUCGAUUUUUGUUGAAAGAACGUGUAUCACCGUUAAUAAUCAAAUUAUUCUCACCAGGCGUGAAACACAUCAAUAAAAGUGAAAAACUAUUAGCAAACAAUGUAUUAAUGAAUAGCCAAAUGAGUGGUGGAAAUACACAUGAUAGCGCUUAUUUUCCAUUGAUAGCCCGUCUACUAAGAGUUGUGUGCAUUCUAGUUCGUUUAUAUUUUUCAUUAUUAAUUACUGAAUGUGAAAUAUUUUUAUCAUUAUUAAUCAAAUUGUUAGAACAAGAUAAACCCAUCUGGCAACGCUCACUAGCCAUUGAAUGUAUUCAUAAAAUAUUAAUACAACCACAUCUUUUAAAACUGUUUUGUUUAUCUUACGAUAUGCAACCACAUGCGAGUAAAAUUUUGAGAGAUUUAACGAAUGGAAUCAGUUCAUUUAUUCAGUCAUUCUUUAAUAAUUCACUUUCGUCAUCGUCAACUUCAUCAAAUGCUGCUGCGGCUAUUUCAGCUCAGUCGUCUUCUAUGUCCGCAACGGAAAAGAAAGGUACUGGCAGUGGAAAUACAAAAUCCGAUAAUACAAAUUCGUAUCAUUAUCAAAACAGCAGUAGUAGUAACACUAAUACUCUAUUAUUUGUUUAUCGUCAAUUAUAUGUACCACAAUAUGUAACGUACCAACCAGGUCAAGCAAAAUGUGCUUAUUUAGAAAAUUGGGAAAAAUUUGAUUGCCCAUUGAUACCUGAUUCCUACGGUGUUGUUGUUGCUUAUUCAUGUAUGUUAGAACUCGUACGUAAUGUUCAAUUAAUUCUCGCAGGUGAUGAAAUGCGUGUUGAUGUUAUGCCCGGAUCACAAUUAAAAACACCAGUACAAAUUAGACCAUUCGAUAAAAUAACAUUAAAUGCAAAAAAUGAAUAUACUAAAAUAAUGAAUUGUACAUGGUCAGGUAUACUUGCAACAUUUACACUGUUGUAUGAUGUUUGCUACGAUGAUACAACAUGUGAACACAUAUUAAAAGCAUUUCAAACAUAUAUUUCUUUAUGUGGUCUUCUGCAGAUGAAUAUUCAACGUGAUGCAUUUGUUACGUGUCUAUGUAAAACAGCACUGCCACAUCACUACAAUAUUCAUGUACUGAAUAAAUAUAAUAAUAGUACGCCAAAUGGAAGCGGAGAAAUGAAUUUAUUACAAAAAAUAACAUCUUCAUUACCUCGUACAUAUGAGUCAACGUCGUAUGAUCUAGACAAACAACAUGUAGUGAUCGUGGGAACAGCGUUACCGUUGGCGAACGUAUCAACAAGUCAAGCAUCAGUUAUGCUAACAUCGAAAAAUAUUCAUUGUAUGCGUGCAAUUUUGGCUGUUGCCCAUUGUUACGGUAGUAUCUUAGGAACAGCAUGGCAUCUCAUCUUGGAAACAUUACAACAUUUAGUAUGGAUAAUUGGUUUUAGACCAUCUACUGGUGGUACAUUGAAACAUACGGGUGCCACAAAUGACAAUACAAAUUCAGCAAAUUCACCAGUUAUUACCACAGCAGCAAUGGCUGAUUUACCUAUAUUAUCAUCAAUGCUCUCGCGUUUAUUUGAAUCUUCUGAACAUUUAGACGAUGUUGCAUUACAUCAUUUAAUUGAUGCUUUAAUACGUUUGAGUAUUGAAUCGAUGGAAGUAGCUGUUAAUAUUAGAGAACCAUCUUUAUUUGCUAUUGCUAAAAUAUUAGAAACUGGUACAGCUAAUUUAAAUCGAAUUGAUGUUUGGUGGAAACCAAUAUCAUCACAUUUAAUCGAAGUUUGUCAACAUACCAAUAUUCGUAUGCGUGAAUGGGGCACAGAAGCACUGACAUUAUUAGUUCGAAAUGCUUUAGAUCAUAAAUAUGAUAAGAAUUUAUUCGAGAAUGAACGUUUAUUACACAUGAUUAUCAUGUCAUUACAAGAACUAUCAUUAAUUCAGCAUUUUGAUGUUAGACAAAAACAGUUAGAAUGCACUUUAUCUAUAUUGAGAAAUAAUGGACAUGCGCUACAAACUGGAUGGCCAUUAAUAUUGAAUAUAAUUGGUUCAAUAACUCGGGAGCAUACAGAAAAUUUAAUCCGUUUAGCGUAUCAAUGUUUACAACUAGUUGUUACCGAUUAUUUACCAACAAUACCUGUACAAUAUUUAGGAAUAUUGAUUAAAGUUGUUGCCAAAUUUGGUUUUCAAGAACAAGAUUUAAAUAUGGCCUUGUCAGCUAUUGGUCUGUUAUGGAAUAUGACAGACUAUCUUUUCCGAAUGAAAGAACAAGAACAACAGCUGAAAAAUGUAAAUGAUUUUCUGGAUAUCAAUGAAAUAUACGAUAAUUUAACACCCAUAGAAGAAUUAUGGAUGAUACUCUAUCGAAAGUUAACUGAAUUAACCAUCGACCAACGUCCAGCCAUAAGAAAAUCAUCAUCAUCUACUCUAUUUACAAUGAUAACAUCACAUGGACAACUAUUGAGUGAAUAUGCAUGGAAGAUAUUAUUGUGGCAAGUAUUAUUUCCACUAUUUGAACAAGUUGAACAAUUCUUCCAUACAUCAUCAAAAGAACGUGAACAGCAACAGCAACAAAUUCGUUCAAUUAAUGCCGCAUCAACACAAGAAAUAAUGAUGCAUCAUUCACGUGAUACACCAGAAAAACAAUGGGCGGAAACGUACGUUAUGAUAUUAGCCGGUAUUACAAGAACAAUACAAAUAAAGAAAGAGUUUCUAUCCAAAUUAGACGAUUUUCUGAAAGUGUGGUGUGUCUUAUUGGAAAAUAUACAAAAAUCUGCGUUGGCUAAAAAUCCAGAAAUAGCCUUAGCUGCAUUAAAAUGUUUCAAUGAAUUAGUAUGUACAGUCCCAUCGUCAACAACUACCACUACAAAUGUCGUAUCCCCGCCUACAGUAGCUGCACAUUCCAAUAAACAGCAACUACCACUAUGCACUUCGUCUGAUGAUCAACAACUAUGGCAUCAAGCCUGGAUUGUAUGGUUAAAUAUUGGACGUGGUUGUACAAAAUGUCCACCGGAAAAAGUAAUUAUUAUCGAUCGUUAUGAUUCAAAUGUACCAUCACAAAAUUUUUUAACCUAUUAUGUUGACAUAUUUCCGAAUAUAAUACAACACAUAUGGUCAACAGAAUUUUUAUACAAUCAACAAGAUUUUGAACAAUUUUCAUUCAUAAUUGAACGAGUUUUAGCUAUACCAGUACAUUCAGAUAUGGCUUUAUUUUUAAUACCGACCGAUGUUAAUUUAACUCUGUUGCAAGAAUCAGCAUUCAAAGCAAUGGAUUUUAUCAAAAAGAAUCUCAAAGAAUCAUCGUCUCAUACAACACAAUCUCCUUUAUUACCAUUGUUCUUUCAACGUUUACUUAUUUUAUCCUCAUAUGCCAUCAAUGCACCAAUAUUCGAAAAAAUACCAACAGUAAAACAGCAAUCAUCACAACAAAAUGUUAAUAUAAUAAGAAGUAGUGGUGGUGAGCAUUCAAGCAAUGCUAAUUUUGUACCAUUUAGUGAAAAAAUUUUGCGUAUGGCAGUCGGAUUGUAUGAAGAUGUUGCUGAAUAUCCCUCGGUGAUUGAAAAUGGAACAUUGCAAACAAUUAUACAAACGUUACAAGUUCCGUUAUCAAUGAAAUAUAAUUGUCCAUGUACAUCAACGUGGAAAUUGGCUAUUGAGUGUUUUUUUCGUGUAUUAAAAGUUGGCUUAGUUGUAGCAAGAAAAUAUCGUUAG